CACACGACAACAAACAGACUGUGAAACUCCGCCCAUUAUUUUUAAGUGGUAAGCUAGUUCAUUACUGAUUAGACCUCUAAAUAUACCACAACCUGAACAAAACGAAAGCAGUGAUUAGUAUCCACGCUUGCCUGGUUGACAGUAUACAUAUUUUCUUUGGAGUAUCAACAACUGACAGUGCCGACUUUCAUUCAAUUUGCUGAUUUGACAGUGUUUAAACAAUAUUCAACUUAAUUUUAAUGUGGAAUAUUUUACGGUAUUAUAACCAUUUCACCAUUAACUUAUUGCAUUAUUCUAUGAGACAACUAAGUGCUCUUGAUCCAUAAGCAGGCUUAUGUGCAGUGUGUUAGGCCUGAACCCAUGGAUGUCAAUGAGUGACACUACAAUGCCUGCUAAAAUGUCAGAUGAAGAAAUGAUGGGUCCAGAGGAGAUGCUGGACUGUCCAGUUGGUCCUGGAUUUAAACCAGUCCUUCAUUCACAUAGACAUAAUCUAAGGAAUAGAUUUGAAUUGGGAAAAACUUUGGGGGAAGGAAUGUAUGGUAAAGUCAAACUUGCUGUUGAAAAAGGCUCAGGGGAAAAGGUUGCAAUAAAAUAUAUCAAGAAAAAUAAAGUGCAAGAUGAUACAGAUCUACGUCGAUUACGACGGGAAAUCCAUGUCAUGUCAUCUCUCAGUCAUCCAAAUAUCAUCAACAUUAGAGAAGUUUUUGAAAACAAAGACAAAAUAAUUCUAGUCAUGGAUUGUGCAUUAGGAGGAGAACUAUACGAUUACAUCAAUGAUCGACAGAAGUUAACGGAAAAUAGUGCUCGAAGACUCUUUCGCCAAAUAUCAUCUGCCAUAAAUUAUUGUCAUCAAAAUGGUAUUGUUCAUCGAGAUCUCAAGUUAGAAAACAUUGUUUUAGACAUAGAUGAAAAUGUAAAGAUUGCAGAUUUUGGUUUGUCUAAUUUCUACAGUAAAGACACAUUAUUAAAAACAUUCUGUGGUAGUCCACUAUAUGCUUCCCCAGAAAUUGUCAAUGGUCAGCCUUACUAUGGACCAGAGGUUGAUUGUUGGAGUUUAGGAGUUAUACUCUAUACACUAGUCUAUGGUGCCAUGCCUUUUGAAGGAACAGACUUUAAAACACUUAGAAAACAGAUAUCUAAUGGCGAUUAUUUUGAACCCAAUACACCUUCAGAGGCUGCAGGUUUAAUUCGUCAUCUACUCACAGUCAAUCCUAAAAAACGGGCAAAAAUGUCAGAUAUUCUGAACCAUUGGUGGGUCAAUCUAGGAUACAAAGAGACACCCAUUGGGGAACAGUAUCCAAGUAAUGAAAUGCUUAAUACAUAUAAACCUCGUUGCUCUCCAUGUUUGUCUUCUGACAGUGAGGGUGAAGGGGACCAGGUUAAACCAGUUCAACCGUUAAAAGGGAUAUUAAAGAAGCCGAAAACCUCGUACAGCUCUACUGAGGAAGUUGGUGAGGAGGAACAGACAGUAAAAGUUCCGUUACAACCAGUCAAGGACGAUAAUACAGCUUACAUGGUCAUGCCUGAAGAAGGACCAAAUGUUACUUGCGAUAAUAAUUCUGAAAAUAAUAAUUCCAUCGAUGAUAAAAAAGUUUUUGAUUCUGAAAAGAAACCUGCAAGAGGUAUUCUGAAAAGGAAAGGGAAAUUCAGUGGUGGGGACAGUGGUUGUAUACUUAACGAAUCUGGAGCUAAAAGUCCUGGAUCAGACACUAAAGAGAACAAUAGUAUGCUUUACGAUUUAUCUGAUAUUGACAAUGUAUUAAACACAACGGAUCGAUCGCCCACAGAGACAAAAAAUAAAUUCACUUAUCCCGAAAAUGUAGUCGAAAGUAAUAAUAAUACCACUGUUGUAGUAGUGCCUAGAAGAAGUAUUUUGAAAAAGGGUGGACAGACAGACCCUAGAAAAAGACUUUCUGCCUGUAGUACAGGGUCGAAUUCCUCAGCAGAUAUAUUAGACUUUUCAUAUGAUAGUGGUGAUGAUAAUUACGAAACGAUUUCAAAUUGUCCGCAGAUGGAACGCGAGGGAAGCUUAGUUGGAACACCAAGUUUUGAAGACAUGAAUAGUGAUGGAGACGUGUUAAAUACAAUUACUGGUACACCACAAAUGUAUGAGAAUAAUAAUGAAUUCUACAACACUGAAGCUGCAAGAGAACUAUGUGACAAAGCAAAGCAAAUAGUCAAAGAUGUUCAAUUAGACAGUCAAUGAAUUUAAAAUGUCAUGUUGUUAUUCCAAACUUAGAACUUCCAGAUUCUGAGAAAGAAAUCCAAAAUAAUUGGAAUCCAGGUCUUAGAUUUUGGUUAGUUAAUGCAAAGUUUGCAAAAAUAGGCUGUAUCUGGGGUGGAACUAAUGGUAAACAUGGGUUAGCCUGUUUAUAAAAGUUAAAGUUUUUGAAAAGGAUCCACCGCAUGUGAAAUGAUUAUGGCAACUUGGUGCUCCAUACUUUAUUAAUGUUGUUUUGAUCUCACUCACAGUCUAACUGUGUUGUAUUUAUUUCAUUUCAUCAAAAUAUAUCAUUUCAAUUAUGCAAAUUUAUUCACCUUUUAUUAAGAAGGAAGUGAGAGAUUUGCAUCUCGUAGAUAUCAUGGUUACAAAAGUAAUAUUUGUUUGGGUAGCGAUGAAUAAGAGUUUAUAAAGUUGAAACUUUCAGUACAUAUGAUUUACAUAAUUGAAAUGAUAAUUUUGGGGGGAUUUUGCUAUCAUAGCAACAUAUUUGCACUCAAAGUGCUCCAUAAGUCAAAAUAUAUACGAUUUCAAUCAAAAAUAACUUGUGUAUUUCAUCUUGUGCCUUUUGUUUUACAUAUUGUAUUGUGAUAUGCAUACAUAUUUGCUCAUCUAAUUUAGAAUUUGUUAAAAAAAAGUUAAACAUCUGAAGAUGGAAGCAUAAAAUAUCAGCAAACAUUUUUCAUAAUGAAGUGGGACCACAUUGAUAAUUUACUUUAUAUAGUCCUUAUUGGUAUACAUAUCUUAACUUACUUUAGUAAUAUGGUAAACAUAAUCCUUACGGCCAGUAAAAAUGUUGUUGGGCCAGUAAAAAAUCUCCUUAAAUCAGGCUUCACAAGCCAUAUGAAUUAAAAAAUGUUUUGAAAGACAAAUUUUCACCUCGUAAGUCAAAGUUAUUUUGGGAAGACUGCCUACGAGGCAUUUUUUAUUAGUAAUGGAAAAAGUCAGCCAUCUUUCCAAAAAAACUAAGAAAAAUAUUUGGCUAAGUAAAUUUAAAUUUUGAAAAAUAGUCGUUUUUUAAGCAUACAUGUACAUUAAUGUGUUUUGUGCCAAUAAAAUAAACAAUGUGUGAGAAUGUUGUGUAUAUGUGUAACCAUUGAAGUGAUUAUUUGUAUACAAGUUUAGCAUUAGAUUUUACAUUUAUUCUUUUGCUGUUUUGUAUGUAUAUUGUGAUAAAUUUUCAUAAAUCCAUCAUCUUGUAAAUAAGCUCAGUAUUUAUUUUGCUAAAAAUGCAUUUAAAAAGGUUGAUUUUCAUGGUGCUUAAAAUAAAAGCUCAGUUAUUGUUGCUGGACUUUGGCAUAUAUAGUUAUUAGCAUUUUUUGGUUAAGAGCAUUGCUGGUUAAUUCAAAGAGAGAGUAUACUCAAAGAAAAUGGGAAAAUAUUUAAGGGGUUUCUGGAAAAGGAAUGUUUUUCAUUUUACAGUUAUUAAGGAGAAAAUAUUGGAAAAACCCAGGGUUCUUAACAUCAAAUAUCUAAACUAGUUCCUAAAAAAAAAAUUUGUGGAAAAGAAAUUUGAUAUAAAAAUUACACAAUUUUUUAGGGAAAAAAAUUGUUAUAGGAUAAGUUUACCAUUAAAAAAUUGAAUUUGAACAGAAUAAGAUUAUUUAUAUUUCAUUAGUUUCUAUUUAAAGUCUUGUAUACAAACUAUUUUAUUGGGACAGGAUCCUAUUUUCUAGUACAGCUGAAUGAUUCUACAACUAUUUUUUUUCUAAUUUGUACAGGCUCCCCAAUUUUGUUGAAAAACUUGAUUAGAAAGAAUAUCAGCUGGUCUGAAUUUUUUUAUGUAUAGUUAACUAAUUUAAAAUUAAACAAGCCUUAAAUUGUAUCCAUAUUUCUUUUUUCAUGAAUAUUGCAGGAUGAUCUCUUAAGAGAAAUUUGUACCCAUUUAAUUUUUGGUGAAAAUUAUUUGCUAUGAAAUCCACAUUAUAUUUUCUAUAUGUUUUUAUAAUGUUAUGAAAAUUUGACUAGUCAUUAAAUGGCAACCUUAAUUAAGUCUGGAACUCAAAAAGGUUAUCUGACCUUUAGGAUAUAAGCUUGUUAAAGAUUAUUUAAUAUUUAAAUAAAGUCUUGCACAAUAAUAUUUUUUUCCAUGACAUAAGCAAACUGAGCUGUAUGUAAUACACACAGGUUCAAUAUCAGUAUUAAUGAAAUACAUGUUUAUUGUUUAUUGAUAUCAAAGUUGUCAUAACAUAAGUACUGUAAAAUCAGAAAUUAUUGCAUGUAUUUUUUCAUUGCAAUUUUGACAUUUUUAAAAGACUAAAAUGCAAUUUUAUUUUUUUUUAAUAAUGAGAAAAUUCCUCUUAAAUUCACACAAUUUUAUUUUUAAAUAUGAGUUUAAAUUUUUGUGAUUAUAAGUUACCCUGUUGCAUUUUCCCUAAUAAUAAAAACAGCAAUAAUUUCUUAAUUAAUAGUAUUGCAAGGGUUGAUUUUUUGGGGGAAAGGAAUGGACAAGUUCAUGUAUUAGAAUAUUAAGAUCAGAAAAUUCAAAUUCAAUGUUUAGUGCUUAUAAAAUUGUGAGAUUAAUGAAAUAUUAGAACAUUUUUAAAUUCACAAACAGUGUGGAUUUUUUUGUGCCAUUCUUUUUAUUCUUGUCUAUCGUUACCUUUAAUAUUUUGUAAAUCAUUUCUUAUUUGGGUUUCAACAAAGAUUUUUUUGUUAAAAAAACAGUGUAACACCAAUCUGUCCUUUGAUCAGAGGUAAUUAUUUUAGUCAACAGGUGUCUAAAAUUAUCAAUAAAAUGUCCAGUAGUGCUUGGCGUAAAAAAAAUCAUGGCUUUUCAAAUUGCUGAUAAUAUGCUGUAGUAUUAAAGCUCAUUGAAAUGUUUGUAACUAAGUUACAUCUCCAUAUAUACAUUGUGAAUGUCUAAAAACAGCUUUAAAUAAAAUCACACAUAAUGUGCUCAAUUAAA